UGAGCUGAAAUAAAGAAUGAACAAAUACCAGCGUAAAUAAUGGAUAUAGAAAAUAACUCGCCUUCGCCAGAAAUCAAAGCUAUUAAUACUGACACCGUUCAUAAAAUUUGCUCGGGACAGGUAGUGCUAAGCUUAGCAGUAGCAGUCAAAGAAUUGGUUGAGAACUCAUUGGAUGCUGGUGCUACAAAUAUUGAAAUUCGUUUCAAGAACUAUGGCAUUGAAUUAAUAGAAGUAUCUGAUAAUGGCUCCGGUGUGACUGAAGAUAAUUUUGCAGCAUUAACUCUGAAAUAUCACACAUCAAAAUUGAGGGAUUAUUCUGAUCUUCUUGGAGUGUCUAGUUUUGGAUUUCGAGGGGAAGCUUUAAGUUCUCUGUGUGCCCUCUCUGAUCUAAUCAUUACAACGAGGCACCUAAGUGCUCAAUAUGCAACAAAACUUGAAUAUGAUCACAAAGGAAAUAUUGUUAAAAAAACACCUUGUUCCCGGCAAAUUGGGACAACUGUUACCUUAUCAAAUCUAUUCUCUUCCCUUCCUGUGAGGCAAAAAGAGUUUCAUAAGAAUGUUAAAAGGGAAUUUAAUAAAAUGACUCAACUAUUGUAUGCUUAUUGCCUGAUAUCUUUGGGGGUUAAGAUAACAUGCACUAAUCAAACAAGUGCGAACACCAAAACAUUGGUGGUUGCAACUCAGGGCAGUAUGUCAUACAAGGAUAACAUAGCCUGUGUCUUUGGUUUAAAACAACUGCAAAGCAUCUUGGAAAUUAUUCCAGAAUAUGUAUCAAACAUUAAAGAUAAUAUAUUUAAGGGAUUGUCUCAAGAAUUUGAGGUAGCAGAUGAACAAUCAAUAGAAGAUGUGGAAAUAGAUUUAUCAGAAGAUUCUAAUGAUGCAAAUAAUACAGAAUCAAUUUCACAGGGUGCAAGCUCCAUUACUGGUUCACAAAAAUCUAGUGGAUAUAAAAAUAUUGUAAAGCCUAUACAAUUUAAUGGUUUCAUAUCAUCCUGUGCACAUGGAAGUGGCCGUUCUAGUACUGAUAGACAAUUUUACUUUGUCAACUCAAGACCUUGUGAACCUACUAAAAUAAUAAAGAUGAUUAAUGAAAUAUAUAAACAGUACAAUCCUAACCAGUACCCUUUUGUGUUUUUAAAUGUUAACAUGGAGAGGACAUCAGUAGAUGUGAAUGUAACACCAGACAAAAGAAAAGUAUUUUUGACUAGAGAAAAAGUUAUUUUAGAAGUACUCAAAUAUUCAUUAACAAAAUUGUUUGAAAGUAUACCAAGAACUUUGAAAAUUGAAAACUCUAACUUCUCAGGAAGUAAAAGUUCUAGUGAUGUUAAACCAGACACUGACCAACCACGAAUAUUUAAUUCAUUUUUACAACAAUUUAGUAGCAAGUUUAAAAGCUCCAAUGAAGUUGAGAAUAGUAAAGUAGAAAAAACAGAUUUAAAAAGAAAAUCAAGUACAAUGCUUGAUUUUAUAUCAUCAAAAUCAAUGAAGAAAUCAAAUGAUGAGUCAUCUUCAUUUCAUUUAGAAUCUACCGAAAAUCAAUUAUAUGAUCAAGAUCAAACAGACAAAAAUAAAAUCAAUGACAAUCUAAUCAAAGAUGAAGAGAUAAGUAAAUCAUCAAAUACAUCACAUGAUGAUAUUGAUGAAAACAAAACUGAGAAUGAAGAAUACCUAAAUCCAGAAUUAAAUGAAUCUGCUACAAAUGACAAAAAUCAGGAUAUUAUGUAUUUGGAAUAUACCAAUAAAUUACCAGACACACAAAUCAGAAAAAUUGAUGACAUUGUAGAAAAAUCUCAUACUGUGGUCUGCAAACCCAAAAGAUCAAAUUCUAACAUGUCUUCUGAAAAUCCACAAAAAAAAAGUAAGUUUCUUGGUGUUGUUACUGAUAAAGCAGACUUAGGAAAACAUAAUAGGAAAUCAGUCAAUAUUAAGACAUCACUUGAACAAAUUAAAGUACUGGCAGAUAUGUAUCACAAAAAUAAGGGCAGAAGUGCUCCAGACAGGGUGAAGUUCAAAAGCGUCAUUAAUCCAGUUUACAAUAAGAAAUGUGAAGAAGAAUUGAGUAAAGAAAUAUCCAAAGAUUCAUUUAAAGAAAUGAUAGUUGUAGGCCAGUUCAAUUUAGGCUUUAUAAUAACGCGAUUAGAUGACGAUCUCUUUAUAAUUGAUCAACAUGCCACUGAUGAAAUUUACAACUUUGAGACAUUGCAGAAAACUACUGAAUUAACAAGCCAAAAGUUAGUUGUUCCACAGCAACUGGAAUUAACUGGAGUUAAUGAACAGAUUUUGAUGGAUAACUUGGAUAUAUUCAAGAAGAAUGGCUUUACAUUUGAUAUUGAUGAUAGAGCCCCUCCAACGAAAAGGGUUAAGCUCUUGACCAUACCUAUGUCAAAAAAUUGGAUUUUCGGAAAAGAAGACAUUGAAGAAUUACUGUUUAUGCUGAGAGAAUCUUCUUCUGAAUACUGUCGACCAAGCAGAGUAAGAGCUAUGUUUGCCUCCAGAGCUUGUCGAAAAUCAGUUAUGAUUGGGACAGCUCUAAGUAAGGCUGAUAUGAAAAAGCUUGUCAUACAUAUGUCUGAAAUUGAAAAACCUUGGAACUGCCCCCAUGGAAGACCUACCAUAAGGCAUUUGGUAAAUCUGGGAAUGGUGCAAACUCAAGAUAAGGAAUAAAUUAUAUUACUUAUUUUUGAAAUUAUUUCAAUCAAUACAAAAAUCAUGUCUGUUAUUUGAUUUGUAAGCGCUUUGGUAUAAAUAAACAAGAUUUUUUGAAGGUUA